CCGCGCGGCUCCCCUUCCGCUUUCCGAGUCCCUCCCUGUGCCGGUCCCGUCCCGUCCCGCCGCGGCCGGAAAGCGCUGCGCUGCCGGGCGGCGCGUUUACGACAGCGCGGGGCGGCGGGGGCUCCGCGACCAUGUUCGGGGCGGCAGCGGAGGAGGACGACGCGGACUUUCUGUCCCCCGCCAGCGGCGCUAGGCUGGCCUCUCUCUUUGGUCUGGAUCAAACAGUCUCAAGCCACGGCAAUGAAUUCUUCCAGUACACGGCACCGAAGCAGCCUAAGAAGGGUCAGACAGCAGCUGCAGGUCCUGCAGCCCCGAAGGCCCCUGUGGCCCCGGCAGCUUCGGGAGCACCCUCGGUGUUUGUGGCCACUGCGGUUCAUGCGUAUCGAUAUACCAACGGGCAGUACGUGAAGCAAGGCAAGUAUGGAGCUGCUGUCGUGGGGAACCACACUACUAAAGAGUACAGGAUCAUCCUCUACAUCAGUCAGCAGCAGCAGAUCGCGACUGCAAGGAUCCAUCCGGGCUUCGUACUCACGGUUCAACCCAACAAUUACAGUACGUUCUAUGAUGAUCAGAGGCAAAACUGGUCCAUCAUGUUUGAGUCAGAAAAGGCAGCAAUGGAUUUCAGUAAACAGGUGUGCAUCGCCAAAUGGAACAGCUCCCCUCUGCUCGAUUCUGUGCUCUGCCAGGAUCUGCUGCUCGGGGAAGGGCAGGGAGCAGAAGGAGGAGACUCCCUGGAGGUCGCCUACACGGGUUGGCUGUUCCAGAACAACGGGCUUGGACAGGUGUUUGACUCAAAUGUUAACAAAGACAAGCUGUUGCGCCUAAAGCUGGGAUCCGGAAAGGUCAUCAAGGGCUGGGAAGAAGGAAUGAUGGGGAUGAAGAAAGGAGGCCGAAGAUAUCUCAUCAUUCCUCCGGCAUGGGCCUAUGGGGCUCAGGGCGUGGCUGCUCGUGUCCCUCCGGACUCUACUUUAGUGUUUGAGGUGGAAGUUCGGCGGGUGAAGCUGGUAAAGGAAAGCUCUGGUUCGGAUGGACAGAGCGUCAGUUCAAGGGAUUCUCCUGCACCUUCUCCGGUACCCAGUUCCGAUGGCUUCUCCACAGACACUGGUUUAUUGCCCCCAUCUACGAUACCUCCGAAGCCUGGGGAACCAGCUGUUCGGGCCAAGUCAAACUCCAUCAGUGAACAGCUUGCAAAUCCAGAUGUAGCAAAGGCAAAGCUCAUUUCUCGGAUGGCCAAGAUGGGGCAGCCCAUGCUGCCCUUCCUCGCUGGGACAGCCGGCAGCCAACUCGACUCCAGCGACUCGGAAAUAGAGGAUCCAAAUACGCUGAGAGGGACGGCGCAACCAGUGCCUUCAUCUUCAGGAAGACCGUCGCAGCCAGCUCACGCAGUACUGCCCACAGUGUCUACACAAGUACCUCAAGCAUCUGGUUCUACACCCUCCGUAUCUUCUGCUGCUUUAAUACCUGCAACGAUCCAGCCCCACUCAGCUCUGCCUGGAGGAGCACAGGGCUUUCAGGCGUACCCAGGUGUGGCAUUUGCUUAUCCCCAAACUGCUGCGUCUGCUUCUCAGCUCCAGCCUGUAGGACAGAUGUAUCCUGCUCCUUACCAAGCACCCGGGGAUGUUACUUCCUUCUUGAUGACAGAAGCUCGGCAGCAUAACACUGAGAUCCGAAUGGCCGUUAGCAAAGUAGUAGAUAAAAUGGAUCAUCUGGCUGCCAAGGUGGAGGAGUUGAAGAAACAGAACGCUGGCAACAGCUCCCUGCUGCCUGGUAUCUCCUCUGUCACUAUGGAAGCCUCCAUGAUCAUGAGCAACAUCCAGCGCAUAAUCCAGGAGAACGAGAGACUGAAGCAAGAGAUAUUUGAGAAGAGCAGUCGGAUUGAGGAGCAGAAUGAGAAGAUCAGCGAGCUGAUUGAGCGGAACCAGAGAUACGUCGAACAAAGUAACUUGCUGAUGGAGCAGAGGAACCACUCACUGCAAACAACGAACGAGAACACGCAGGCAAGAGUGUUGCAUGCAGAGCAGGAGAAGGCCAAGGUGACGGAGGAGCUGGCAGCCGCCACGGCGCAGGUGUCGCAGCUGCAGCUGGAGCUGACUGCCCAGCAGAAGAAGGAGAUGGACCUGCGGAAACAGCUCGCUGCUGCCGCGCAGGAUGCAGAGCGACACGAGGCACAAGUCAGCAAACUGCAGGCACAGUUGGCAGAGCUCCAAGAAGCCUCUGAGGACACUCAGACCAGAUUCAAAGCUGAGAAGCAGAGCCGCAAACAGCUGGACAUGAAGAUCACAGCGUUGGAAGAGGAGCUGACGGACCUAAGAGUGGAGAAGGAGACUCUGGAAAGGAAUCUUGCAGAGAGGAAGAAGAAAUCCCUCUCGGAGAGAGCUCAGGCAGAGGAAGAGAUGGAAGAAAUACGCAGGUCGUAUCAGCAGGAGCUGGACAAGCUUCGACAGUUGCUGAAAAAGGCCCGGACUUCAACGGACCAGGUGGCAGCAGAGCAGCUGUCACUCAUCCAGGCAGAGCUGGAAUCGCAGUGGGAAGCCAAAUGUGACCGUGCGCUGGCCUCGGCCAAGGAGCAGCACGUCAGGCAGUACCAGGAGGUGUGUGAGCAGAGAGAUUCCCUGCAGCAGCAGGUGUCCCAGCUGGAAGAGAAGCUCGCGGCUGCAAAACACUCGAAAAAAGCAGAGGAGCAAAAGUCGUCUGAGUUUCAGCAACGUUUGGAGCAACUAGAGCCUAUCAAAGAUAAGUAUUCAGCCCUGCAGUCUGAUGUCGGGGCGCUGAGGGCUCGCUAUGAAGAACGCAUCCGAGAACUGCAGAGGGAUCAGGACAGACCUUCACCUGCAGACUUCACGGAAGAAGUAAAGAAGAUAAUGAAUGGUGUAUUUCAAUCUCUUCGGGGUGAAUUUGAGCUGGAAGAGACCUACAGUGGCAGGACAGUGCUGGGUGUUGUCAUGAACACUAUUAAGACAGUGACGCUGCAGCUGCUCAGCAAGCAGCAGGAGGGAGCAGAUCGUGACAGUCACAAGGAGGAAGCUGGAGCAGCGAGGCAGGAGGGAUCGCGUGGAGCGCAGGAAAACCACGCUGGGCCGGUGCAGCACAGCCCAGCGCAGGGCGCUGCGUUCCCAGCGGGGCCGGGGGAAGUGACCGCAGGCUCCUCGGUGUCUGAGCGGGAAGCUGAGUCUGCUCCUGUGCCUGCCGAGCCCAGAGCUCCCGGGGACGAGCAGGUGACACACAGGAACGUGGUGUCGGAAGAUGAGAAGGUCCAGGAGGAGCAUUUCUCUCCUGAAUCCUGCCCGGGUCCUGCGCGCGCAGGAGAGCCUGUUCCUGCGGUGGACAAGGACCUUGUCCCAGCUGAGCCGAGGCAGGAGAGCAGUCACACCAGGAAAGCUGAGACUGAGCGCAGUCCCUCCAGAAUAUCUUUGCAGACAGAAGCUGCAGAACCUUCUGUUGAAGAAGCCAAACCAGCAGCGGAUGUGGCAGAGCUUCCAGAAGAGCCAGCCGAGGAGCAAAAGGCAGCAGAGGCUGUCAAAGGUUUAGAGCCCCCUUCCCUGAAUGGUGAGGGGGGGAACUGCGCUGACCCCCCAGAUGGAAGUAGCUGUGAGAAGGAACCUGUGCCGAUACCCAGCACAGCGGAGCAGAGCUCAGCUGUCACCAGAGCAUCCCCAGGACGACAGGACGGGAGCUCCAGCCCCAAGAGAAAAGAUUCCAGCCUCUUUGAGGAUGACAACUUCUUUGAAACAGCAUCUCGUAAACCACUGAAGCCACAGGUUCCCUCUGAAGAGGAGGAUGAGGAGGAAGUGAGCAUGAAGGGGCGUCCCCCUCCCGCUCCGCUCUUCGGUGAUGAUGACGAUGAUGAUCUGGACUGGCUGGGAUGAAGAGCUGGCGGGUGAGCCUGUUCCUCUGGGCACAGCCUCUUCCUGUGCACUUGGCACUUAACGAGCUGCAUACGUGGGACAGUUGGGGACAACCAGGGACUUCCCAGGCUCUUGUGCUGCAGAUUGAUGGGGCCUGAGAGCACGAGGCUCUUGUUGCGCUCUUGGGUGCUCAGACCUGUCGCUCUGACCUGACAAACUUGCACAGACGUUGGGGAUGAGCUGAAGGAACCGACCGGUCUUACUGCACGUUUGUAUCGCUGUCCUUCUGUGAACUGUCGAUUCGUUAAUCUGAACCUUUAUGCAAAUAUGAACUUCCUCAAGUGCUUCAGAAGAACAAGUCUGGCAGGACCCUGCAGCAGGUGACUACUUUUUAAAAUAACAGACUACAAUCUCUCCUCCUUCCCCAGUGGAGAUCUCCUUGGGCGUUUCCUGUUAGUUCUUGGGGCCUCUAUGCUGGUUUAUCACCAGGUAUUAGCAGCAUGCGGUGUGAGAUUCGGCCGCGAGACCCCCAGAUGGUGCUUCCUGUGACCCGGGUGGCGUGGGGAGCCGGUUCAGCUCGGCACGGUUGUACGUUCAGAGCUGCAGCACGGGCGGUGCUCGCUCACCCGCAGAGCAGGGGCACCUGUCCGCAGUACUGAGGCUCAGGGCUCUGUCACACCAGCGCUCCCAGCACAGACACCCAACGAUCGCUGGUGUUUUAUGGAGGCCCCGAGGCUCGCAGAGGCCCCAUGCGAAUGAUGUGGGGUGCAGGCAGCUCCCCUCCUCUCUGCUCCUGUGCAGAACUGAGAGGUUUUUGUGCAGGGUUGUGUUUCGCCGGCACUGGCAGCAGUGGUACGGAUGUGUGAUGUGCUGCUUGGCCAGAGAGCGCGUCGCUGCAGCAGCCGAGCCCCACUCCUGUGCCUUUUCCUCUGCUGCUCUUUAAAGUGUGAUGAUCAUGGCACAAGUGAAAACUUGGCGAUGGUCGGACAGAAGCUGUAACCCAACCUCACCAGGAUCUGCCGAGGGUGGCACAGUGGAAGUUUUCAGUCUCAGAGGAGCAAGAGGGGAAGGAGGUGAGGAUGGAGAGCUGGGCAAACAGGUGGAUUUCUCAUGGCACUUUUGCUUCUACACCCACCGGCACUAACACAACUUAAAAGUAGGAGCAGGUCUUAGUAUCUUCAAAACCAAUAAACCCCCCCUUAACUUAAUAAAAUGGAAGCACUUAAAUAAUUCCACCCUAGCUUAGUUUCUACAACUGACUCGUACCAUCUCUGAACACUUUUAUCUGUGUCCUGCUCACUGCAGUUUCUUGGUGCGGGAGAGCGGUGAAUGCUGCGGGGCUGCAGGGGCUCCCUGCGCUGUGUCCUCAGUGCAGUAAAUUGCCAAAUGGUGGGAGAAACUAACCCCUGUGCAGCAGCUGCGCCGGGGCCGGGCAGGCGCUGCCUCGCAGCGGGAGCUCAGCCGGGCUUUCCUGGGGAAGCUCCAGAGCUCAAAGCCCCGGAUAGUUACUCAGUGCUGGCUGUGAUGUGGGUGAAACUCGGGUUUUCCGGGGCUGCUCAGAGCGCGGGCGCCCUGGCCUGGCCGUGGGACCCCGGCUCUGCCUGUGUCCCAUGGGGGGUCCUUGCUAAUACCAACAAAUUCUGCUUCCUGUUUCCUGCCACAGAUGGACAACUGAGGGGUUUGCAUUUCACUUUUUGAAAAAUAAAGUGCAAUUAAACCUGU